AUGUCUUACGAACAAUAUCAAGCUGUGUUUCACAACUUUCCUGAUGUCGAGGAAUGGUCUACCAAGGAUGUGUUUCGGAAGCAUCCAUCAAUCGAUGAACUAUGGGAAUAUAGGUACAGGAUAGACGAUCUCGUUGUCUUUUCCACUGGAGAAAAAAUGAACCCUAUGCCUGUCGAAAGUCGUUUGAAUGGCAUUCCAGGAGUGAAAGCAGCUUUGGUGUUCGGAGGUAACAGACUAUAUCCAGGGCUGCUGGUAGAGAUGGAUGAUGGAACACAAAUUGGAAUAUCUUUAGAUACAGUCCCUGAUGAUCUUCAAAGAUCCAUCAAAGAUGCUUUGAAGAUCGAGAAUUCGCAGAAUUCCCGCGACUCUGAAAUCCACGAGAAGAUGAUCAUCUUUGCUCCGACAGACAAGCCUUUUGUUCGGACCCCAAAAGGCACGGUUCACCGGAACCAAACACUGCAACUGUAUGAGUCUGAUAUCGAUAAGAUAUACCAUUCAGUGGAUAUUUCCGAGUCGUCCGACUGGGAACCCCUGUGCCUAGAUUUAUCUGAUGAAAAGGCUCUUGCAGCCAGCCUGGCUACUUUUAUUGGGAAGAGUUUAUUGAGCUCAACAGCAUUGAUGGCUCAUAUGGAUGUUUUUGCAGCUGGAUUGGACUCCAAAAAAGCCCAAAUUCUCGCCAUUUCUUUGGAAAGAGCGCUUGGAGAUCGGGGAUGUCGUGCCAGCGAAGAUAAACUGACUAUCAACAUCAACGCCAUCUACCAAAACCCAACACCUGCCAUGCUAGCGAGCUUUAUUUUUCGAGAUCUCGAAUCGCUUGAAGAUGGACCAGGAGAAGAAAACGGAUUUGAUCAAAUUCUGACAAGGUAA